UCAACUGCCGCAUAUGGAAAUCAUACCACACGCAAGAUGUGUGUUCUUGGUCAUCCUCGACGACGAGAACCCAUAAUGAUGAGACAGCCAGCUGCGUUGCCUGACAAUCGUAUCCACGUCACUGUGGAAUGUCCCUUAAAGCCUUCCUCUUUCUCCUGGUGCUCUUCGUCACGUCAGCCAUCAUCCUGUUUAGACUACCUCUUAGUCGCAUCUUCCCCUCGCUCGCUCUCCGGACAAUGACCACCAACGGGACACAUUCAUCGCUGCCAAAGACGCAGGCCGAAUGGCGCAAGGCACUGGAUGAGCUUCCCUCUACGCCGAACGACAUUCCAGCGUUCUUUUUCGGACAUGGCUCGCCCAUGCUGGCGUUCCCAGAGUCGGACGCGCGGGGGAACCUUGUAACGGAGCAUAUGGGACCGAAGGGCCCCUUGGCCACGUUCCUGCGGGACUUCGGGCCCGCGCUGCUCAAGAAGUACCAGCCCAAGGGCAUCGUUGUAUUUAGCGCGCACUGGGAGACAGCAGGGGAGCGUGUCGUCACUGAUUAUGGAGACUCGAACCCCCUGUUGUACGACUAUUAUGGCUUCCAGCCUGCCCUGUAUGAGCUCAAGUUCAGCUCCCGUGGUGAUCAUGCGCUCUCGCAGCGCGUUCUUCAGCUGUACAAGGAGGCUGGUCAGCUAGCCCGAACAACCUCUAGAUUGGAGGCACGAGGCGAAGAUGGCCGCGGCUUUUCCGGUCCUGGGCUUGACCAUGGCGUUUUCGUGCCCUUCCGACUGAUGUUUGGGGAAGAUUUUUUGGAUGUGCCUAUCGUGCAAGUAUCGAUUGACUCGAGCCUGAGCCCGGAGAAGAAUUGGGCAGUUGGCAAGACGGUCGAAGCUCUCAGGCGAGAGGGCAUUCUCGUCAUAUCGGGUGGUCUGGUGGUGCACAACUUGCGGGACUUUUCGUCGUUUGCGGAAAAGAGUGCCGGGGUGCUGGUGAGAGAAUUCGACCGAGCCAUUCUCGAUGCCGUCACGCUGUCCGACGCCAACGCGAGGAAGGAGGCGAUGAUCAGGCUUCCGCAACACCCGGGCUUCCGCGCUGCACAUCCUCGUGCAGAGCACUUUGUUCCGCUGUAUGUCGCGGCGGGCGCCGGAGGGGAGGGGAGAGCGCGGGUCGUGGCUGCUAUAUACGGGGCUCCCACGAUUGCGUUUGGACUGUAAGAGACUAGUGUGUGUCGUCGUACGUUAGCUGGAACAAUGUGUUAUGUUUGCGCGCCUUG